AUGCAGGCGGCGGGGCUGCUGCUGCUGCUGCUGCUGGGGCUGGCUUGCAGGGUGCAUGGGCUCUGCUCGCCCUCGGUGUUCUACAGAGACUGCUGGAUCCGCCGCUUCCCAGGGCUGCUCCUGAACCUAGAGGAGUCUCAGAGGCUGGGGGCCCAGUUCCUCAAGUACUACUCGGAGAACACGGGCCAGAAGUGCAGUCGGAGCUGCUGCCUCAGGAAGGAUGUUUCCUGUAACGUGGCCGUCUUCUUCCAUGAUCCCAUCCAUGACAAUGUCAACUGCCUCCACGUCCACUGCCCAACAUUGGAGAGCUGCAUCCUGGAGCCGGGGACCAGUGCCAUUCUGUACAACAUAACAACAGGCAUAGAUCCAGAUCUGCUGGUUUUUGAGCACCCAUCCCCCACACACCUGGACUCCCGCUCCUCGUCUGAAUGGUGGGAGAGACUGCGGAUCCUAAAAGCUCUGGACAUAGCUAACGCAGGGCUCCACACGGAGGGAACACAGCACGUGCUGCCGCCCACGGAGGCUACUGUGUCAGCCACACAUCAAGAUCAAAGUGCACACACUGGGAUCAGCUACUCCAGGAAGCCGACCACAGAUCUGGGGAUGAGAUUCAUUGCUGUGAACACGUCCACCGCUACCGAGGUCAGCAAGGCAUCACGGAGCACAGACUUCACCCGCAGUCCAGACAACCUGACCGUUUCUCCAUUCUUAGGACCCACAGACACAAAAGCAUCCCAGGAGCCCAGUCACUCCCGACUCAACGUUAGCAAGCAAUCACUGAACAAAACCAAGGGGUCCCACAGUGGCAACCUCACAUCUGAGGACGAAGCGUCCCAGGGUGGAGCUUCAGGGACAGCAGGGGCCUGGCUGGCUUCUGUGACCCUGGGUGCUGCCAUUGCCUGCCUCUGCUGCUGUGUGGUCAUGGGGGCAUCUAGGUACCGCGGAGAGCAGCAGGGCUGGCAUCGCCUGAGGCAGCAGAGGUCAGGAUAA